AUGGCUCAGUCCUUCACGACCUUCAAGCAGGCCUCCGACCUUCCCGCGUGGCAGAAGCUCCAGACGCUCUAUGACUCCAAGGGCAAGUCGCUGCCCGUCAAGCAGCUGUUCAAGGAGGACCCCGAGCGGUUCAACAAGCUGUCGCAUACCUUCACCAACUUUGAUGACUCCAAGAUUCUGUUUGAUUUCUCCAAAAACAUUGUCGACGACGAGAUUCUGGCCCAGCUGGUGGAGCUGGCCAAGGAGGCCAACGUCUAUGGCCUGCGAGACGAGCUGUUUGAGGGCGACAAGAUCAACUUCACAGAGAACCGAGCCGUUUUCCACCCCGCUCUGCGAAACCGAGCCAACGUGGCCAUGGACGUGGACGACAAGAAUGUCGCUCCCGAGGUCGACGACGUGCUUGCUCACAUGAAGGAGUUCUCCGAGCAGGUCCGAAGCGGCGAGUGGAAGGGUUACACCGGCAAGGAGAUCACUGAUAUCGUCAACAUUGGUAUCGGAGGCUCCGAUCUCGGCCCCGUCAUGGUCUCCGAGGCCCUCAAGCCUUACGCCAAGAAGGGUCUGCGAGCUCACUUUGUGUCCAACAUUGAUGGUACCUCCAUUGCUGAGGAGGUCAUUAAGCAGCUCAACCCCGAGACCACCCUGUUCCUGAUUGCCUCCAAGACCUUCACCACCGCUGAGACCAUCACCAACGCCACCUCGGCCAAGACCUGGUUCCUGGAGACCGCCAAGGACACUAAGCACGUGGCCAAGCACUUUGUUGCUCUCUCUACCAACAAGGAGAAGGUUGUCGAGUUCGGCAUCGAUGAGGCCAACAUGUUUCCUUUUGCCUCUUGGGUUGGAGGCCGAUACUCGGUCUGGUCCUCCAUUGGACUGUCAGUCGCCAUCUACGUUGGCUUUGACCACUUCAAUGACUUCCUCAAGGGUGCCGAGGCUGUUGACAAGCACUUCAAGGAGGCUCCUCCCGAGAAGAACAUCCCCCUGCUCGGCGGUCUACUGUCCGUUUGGUACAACAACUUCUUCAACGCUCAGACUCACCUCAUUGCUCCCUUUGACCAGUACCUGCACCGAUUCCCUGCCUACCUGCAGCAGCUGUCCAUGGAGUCCAACGGUAAGGGCGUGACCCGAUCCAACGAGUACGUCAAGUACUCCACUGGACCCGUUCUGUUUGGUGAGCCCGCCACCAACGCCCAGCACUCCUUCUUCCAGCUGGUUCACCAGGGUACUAAGCUCAUCCCCGCCGACUUCAUUCUGGCCGCACAGUCCCACAACCCCAUCGACCACAACCUGCACCAGCGAAUGCUGGCUUCCAACUUCUUUGCCCAGUCUGAGGCUCUGAUGGUUGGCAAGACCCAGGAGCAGGUUGAGGCCGAGGGCACCCCCGCCGACCUUGUUCCCCACAAGAUCUUCCUGGGCAACCGACCCACCACCUCCAUUCUCACCCAGCUCAUUACCCCCGCCACCCUUGGCGCUCUGAUUGCUUACUACGAGUGGGUCACCUUUACCGAGGGUGCCGUGUGGAACAUCAACUCCUUUGACCAGUGGGGAGUUGAGCUUGGAAAGGCUCUGGCCAAGAAGAUCCAGCCCGAGCUGGAGAACAAGUCUGAGAUUGAUGCUCACGACGGAUCCACUAACGGUCUGAUCAACCAGUACAAGGCUUGGGCCGCUUGA